ACUUAUGUAAUACAAAUUUAAAAAAACUUGUUUGUGUUCCUUUCUCAGACGUUUUGUGUAAGUGUAUUUUAAUUCAACUUCCUCACUUCUCUUUUAUUACUGAAGUUUUCUAUGAUUUAGAGUCUUUCUAGACUAUUUCGCAUUUAUUGUUGUUUGUUUGUAAUUUGUCUUUUAUUAAAACUUCACUAACACUUUACUAACACAUUUAGUUUUCCAUUAAAGAGGGACGAAAGGCACUUUAGUUGACUUAAUUCACUUCAAUGCUUUUUUAACUUAUCUUGUUUCUUCAGAUUCUUUGUCUUUGAAAGAAAAGUGGAUAGAUCAAUGGUAGAGCACAGCCUUUCUAGGCUGAGAUACUCGAUCAAUACGAGUUGCACAUUUAAAAACGAAGAAUUUUGAGAGGCUGUAUAAGUUGAAAAGUGUGGGAGUGAAAUAAGUUAGAGUGCAGCCUUUCAUAGUUUAACAUGUUCGCUUUCUCUAUAUAGUAUCAGAUUUCUUUUUUCAUAAUUUAUUUCAGAUAUGAGCUUUUCGAAUUUAAAAAUGUGUGAUGAAGAUUCGAUUAGUUUGUACACAAAUUUGCAAGAUGUUAUGCUGAGUGAUGAAUGUCAAUACUCACAAAGCAGGCAACAGUCGGUUAUGCUAACGAAAAACGGUCCUAUGGCGCCGCCACUAGUUCAGAAUAUUUUGAGAGCACAAGAAAACAGUCCAAGUCCAAAGCGUCCAGCUGCAUCACAAGCCACCGCAAGAACAAAUUCAACAUCAAGAAUAACAGCACCAUCAAAUGCAAAGAGAUUUGCUGGUCCCGGUUCU